ACGCCUCCUAAAAGGGGAAAGAGAGAGAGAGAGAGUUGGUGCUUUUUGAAUUGUUUUACAGAAAGAGAGAGAGAGAAAAGUAAAGAGAGAAAAAAAAAAUGUUAAGGCUCAGUAAUUGUAAUAGUAAUAGUAAGAGAGAAGGUAAUGUAGAUGUGGAAAUGGUGGAAUUCGAGAUGCGAGCCGAUUCCGGUAGAAAGGGAACCUUCUCCGUACUCUUCCUUUUUCUCCUUUUCAUUCUCAUUCUUCAUCCUCUUUGAUUUUUAUUAUUAAUAUUAUCAGUAUUUUCUGUUUGGAGAGAGAAAGAGAGAAAGUUUCUUCAAUUUUAUAAACAGAUACUCACUAAAUAAUUAUAAUAAUCUUUAAACAAAACAUAAUUCUUAUUCCCUUCCCCCUUGCACUGUUGCUUGUUACGCACUUCUUCUCUUUUGUUUUUGUUUUUAAAGUUUCUGAUUUAUAUUUAUAGAGUCGGUUCCGCGCUUCCUUCGAAUUUUCUCUUUAUGUUUAAUCUUUGCGGAUUUGGAUUGUGUGGAUCAUCAGCGGUUUGGGGAUUAGGGUUUUAUGAUCCUUCUUGUUUUCUUUGUCAGCUGUUGGAUUUGAAUCGUUCUGAUGCUCGAAUCUGUCAUUCGAUGCACAGUUGAGGAAUCUGGGAUUGGUUAGGGUUUUUCAUUUAGAAAGUUUCUACCUGCGUUUCUUGAUCUUGGUUAGUGUUUCUUACUGGGUUUGUAGCUUCGUUUUUUUUUUUUUUUUAAUUUAUUAACAAAUGUUAGUUAUUGUUUCAUUUUUUUUUCUUUUAUUUUGGGAAGGGUAUGUGUUGAGGAUUAUUGGGAUAUGAUUUGGGUUGUAAAUAUAUUUAGUUUUGUUUGAUCUUAUAUUGUCGAUUUCCUCUGAAAUAUUUUGUGAUUCUUGGAGGACUUAUUUCUUUCUAUUCCCAUUUUUGAAAAGGAAAAACAAAGAAGAGAAAAAAAGAAAAAGAAAAAACCAAGUCAAAAAAAGUCAAAAUCUGUUCAAAACCCACAUCCAUACGCCCACCAUUUUUAUCUGUGGGUUUAUCCUUACAAAUAUUUUUGGUUAAUUUUUACACCAGAGUAUUCCAUAACUCGAGUCUGAGAGUAGAUUUUUUUUUUUUGAACAAAAACUUGAAAAAAAAAUACUAAAUUUAGAAAGAGUUGUGAAAAAAAAAGUUUGGGAGGAGGAGGUGGUUCCAAUUCUUGGUUGGGUUAUUACAUUCUAUGGGAAUACCUGAUACUUCACUAUUAGAUCUAAUAGUAAAGGUUAAGUCUUGGCUCUACCGAGAAGCAAGCGAUAUACGUUUUUCCGGCGAAUUUGAAAUGCCCGAAAACGGUAACAAUAUGUGUUGUGAAUGCCAUACAAACUUCUCCAGUCAUUCUCCGAGAUACCAUUGCCAAAGUUGUGGUAGGUGGUUUUGUGGGAAAUGUAUCCCUGAUUAUGAGUCACUUGUUAUUGAAUCUAGCGGUGUAAUGAAGUUCUGCAAGUUAUGUUCUGAGACGGGAAUGAGAGGGGUAGUUGGGAGCAAAUUCAAUGAGAAAGUACACCCAUCUGCUUCUCCCCGUGAAAGCCCUGAACCACCAUCUCCGUGCUUUCACGGUGAAAGAAUCAAGUGUUCUACAUAUGCGGAAUCGAUUCAGAGUGAUCACUUUUCACGAUAUCUUGAAGCCCGGGAUUAUGGUUAUUCUCCCCAUGCCAUUACAAGUGAGGUUAUGUCCUCAUUUAGCGGUCAUCCAUCUCCUGUAUAUGUUCAUACCUCGUCUAGUAGGAGUGAUGAAGAAGAUGCAGAGGAUUCGGGGAAGCACCUUCUUAGCCCUUCAAGUGAAUAUUGUCAUGACAAUGCCGAUGUAGAUUCAAAUACUGUUAGUGUUAGAUAUAGCUCUAAGUCUGUAGUAUCAAGUUCUUUUGAGAACCCCUCUAGGAUUAAUUUUUCAGUUGGGCAUUCUGUACAGAAGGUGGAAAGUGUGUCUCGAAAUAGUCAUUUUGGUCAAGAGCCUGUUUUAAAAAGGCCCGUGUUAGAGUAUGAGGAUCCAGAAAACACAGAAUACUGUUCAGAUGACUUGUCAAUUUUUCGUAACCAAUAUGAGAGAUCACAAAGACCACUGGACUUCGAAAAUAAUGGUCUUCUCUGGUUUCCCCCUCCCCCUGAAGAUGAAAAUGAUGAGGCAGAGAAUGGAUCUUUUGCUUAUGAUGAUGACGAUGAUGAUGAUUUUGGUGACUCAGGUGCAUUCUUCUCAUCAAGUGGUAGUCUUUCUAGCAUCUUUCCAGCGAAAGAGAAACCUAAUGAAGAUAACAAGGAGCCUCUUAAAGCUGUGGUCCAGGGGCAUUUUAGGGCUCUUGUUUCACAGCUGCUACAAGGAGAAGGUAUCAAAAUUGGCCAAGAGAAUGGAAGUGAGGAUUGGCUUGACAUAGUUACAACAGUUGCAUGGCAAGCUGCAAAUUCUGUGAAGCCAGAUACUAGCAGAGGAGGCAGUAUGGAUCCUGGUGAUUAUGUAAAGGUCAAAUGUAUAGCAUCAGGAAGUCCAGUUGAUAGCACCCUUGUAAAGGGAGUGGUUUGUACCAAAAACAUAAAGCACAAGCGCAUGACCUCACAAUACAAACAUGCUAGGUUACUUAUUUUAGGAGGAGCACUGGAAUACCAGAAAGUUCCAAAUCAGUUGGCUUCUUUUGAUACUUUACUUCAGCAGGAAAAUGAGCAUCUGAAGACUAUCAUUUCAAAGAUUGAAGCUCUCCGUCCAAAUGUUCUGUUAGUAGAAAAAAGUGUUUCUUCAUAUGCCCAAGAUUAUUUGCUCACGAAGGAAAUUUCGUUAGUGCUGAAUGUUAAAAAGCCUUUGCUGGAGCGUAUAGCUCGGUGCACUGGUGCUCUUAUCACGCCAUCAAUUGAUAAUAUAUCAACAACUCGAUUAGGGCACUGUGAAUUAUUUCGCUUGGAAAAAGUUUCUGAAGAACAUGAGAAUAGCAAUCAGUUAAACAAGAAGCCAACAAAAACCUUGAUGUUUUUUGAAGGGUGUCCAAGACGUUUAGGUUGCACGGUUCUGUUGAGGGGCAAAAGUCGUGAAGAACUGAAGAAGGUUAAACAUGUCGUUCAAUAUGCAGUUUUUGCUGCUUAUCAUUUAUCCCUUGAGACUUCCUUUCUUGCAGAUGAGGGUGCUACCCUGCCGAAGAUGGCACAAGGACAGUCAAUUGCUAUUCAAGAGAAAGAAACAGCUGAUCCUACGGUUUCUGUGAACUUUGAUUCAAUUGCUUCAACUAAUUAUGUAGCAGUUGCUGAGGGUUCUGCUCAUGAUCGGGAAAUUUUGGAUAUCAAUCCUGAAUUGGAAGGAUGUGGCUCUCUGUCUGAGCAUUUUGGCCUGGAAAAUGACUUUCCUUUGCUAGUUGAUGCUGUGGACUCUCCUUCCAUGGAAAACAUAGUACCAGAUGCGUACAAUGAUGAUUUUGAAUCUAAUAUUGGUCUAAACACUUCAUUGAACCCGUCCAAUUAUGUCACAGAUUCCAGGAUCUUUUCCGAUGCCAGAAAUUUUUCCCAACAAGAUUUAAUGGUAAACUUACCACAAGACGAGAAACAACCUGAAGAGAUUUAUGAGCUGACAAAGUCUGAAAGGAUAGAUGAAAAUGAGGUUUCAAGUGAGUACUUCUCAGCUGCUGAUAGUCAUCAAAGCAUAUUGGUAUCUUUUUCUAGUCAUUGUGUACUUAAAGGAAUUGUUUGUGAACGCUCCCGACUUAUGCGCAUUAAGUUUUAUGGCUGUUUUGACAAGCCUCUAGGGAGAUAUCUUCGUGACGACUUGUUUGAUCCGACAUCGCAUUGUAGGUCUUGCAAAGAAUCAGCUGAAGCCCAUGUCUUAUGCUAUACCCAUCAGCAGGGAAAUCUUACGAUUAAUGUCAGGCGUCUUUCUUCUUUAAAACUACCCGGAGAACGAGACGGUAAAAUCUGGAUGUGGCAUCGUUGCCUGAGAUGUGCUCAUAUAGAUGGAGUUCCACCAGCCAAUCGCAGGGUGGUUAUGUCAGAUGCUGCUUGGGGACUUUCUUUUGGGAAGUUUUUGGAACUUAGUUUCUCAAAUCACGCAACUGCUAAUCGCAUUGCAACUUGUGGUCAUUCGUUGCAAAAGGAUUGUCUUCGCUACUAUGGGUUUGGAAGUAUGGUUGCUUUCUUCCGGUAUUCCCCUAUAGAUAUUCUCUCUGUACGCUUGCCACCAUCAUUACUUGAAUUUAAUGGCUAUGUCCAUCCGGAGUGGACGAGAAAAGAGGCAACUGAGUUGAUGGGAAAAAUGGAAACCUUGUAUGCUGAAAUAUCUGAUGUACUCGAUGGUAUGGAAGAUAAAACUCGAUCUUUUGGACAUGAAGCCUUUGACACUAGGGAUUUACAAAGCUGCAUAUUGGAGCUGAAAGAUCUUGUGAAAAAAGAAAGAAAUGAAUACAUUGCUAUUUUGCAACCUGCUUUUAUGGAGAUUUCACAACCGGGCCAAGUAGCUGUAGAUGUUUUGGAACUAAAUCGCUUAAGGCGUUCUCUCCUAAUUGGUUCACAUGUUUGGGAUCGCCGAUUUUAUUCACUGGAUACUCUUCUCAAAAGUAAUUCAUUUUCCAGGGCUGCCCAAGGUGAUUUAUUUGGUCAUCCAGUAGAGUUGAUUAGUGAUUCAUUUUGUAAGGAAGACAAGCUUGAAUAUGGACAUGAAAUAAAUGUGUCUGAAUCAUUAAGUUGGUUAGACUUCCCUAGAAAUGAUGUAUUGUCGCCGCGGAGUGAGCCUUGCAUCCCUAAUGACUCUGAACUGAACUUGUGUCAUCAUGACAAGCAGGAGGAAACACUUGCAGAUGGAAAAACCUCUAAAGAUAUGAAUUCCUCCGAAAGCUUUCCUUCUCAUGAAUCUACUCUUUCUGAGAGAAUAGAUUCUGCUUGGACAGGUACUGAUCAACUUCCCUUGAGUGCUCAAAGUGGGCUUCAAGCUGGUAUUGUGAGGCAGGUAAGUCAAAGUGAUACUGUACCUAUUAGAAGGCUGGCGAUGUCAGCAAGAAAUCAUUCUUUUGAUUCUGCUUUAAGAGUUCAAGAAAGAGUUCGAAAAGGACUGCCUCCUUCUUCUUUGCAUGUGUCAACUCUUAGGUCUUUCCACGCCUCCGGAGAUUUCAGGAAUAUGAUCAGAGAUCCGGUUAGCGUUAUGAGAACUUACUCCCAAAUAUUUCCUCAGGAGGCUCAGAAGUCAAAUAUAGUUUUGAGUUCCACACCUUCAUUUAUCUCUUCUGCAUCCCAUGUGACUGAAGGUGUACGAAUGUUGUUACCCCAGACGUGCCAGAGUGAUAUAGUUGUUGCUGUUUAUGAUAAUGAACCCACCAGUAUAAUAUCAUAUGCGCUUAGUUCCAAAGAAUAUGAUGACUGGGUUGCUAAUAAAUCAAAUGAUCAUGAGGUAUCUUGUAGUCAGCAUGAGAGCCACAAAGAUAAUACUGCAGCUUCCACUAUUUCAGCCUGGCAAUCUUUUGGCUCUAUGGACUUGGAUUAUACCCGUUAUGGAAGUGGAUCAGAAGAUACUCCGUCAUCCAUCAGUUCCUUAUUUGCGGAUUUUAAAAAAUCUCCACAUUUGAGGCUCUCAUUUGGAGAUGACAAAGUGAAGUUUUCUGUUACAUGCUACUUUGCAGAAUUGUUCGACUCUCUUAGAAAGAAAUGUUGUCCUAGUGAAGUAGACUUUGUACGAUCAUUGAGCCGCUGCAAGAGAUGGAGUGCGCAAGGGGGCAAAAGCAAUGUGUAUUUUGCCAAAUCAUUGGAUGAGAGAUUCAUUGUAAAGCAAGUCACAAAGACAGAGUUGGAUUCUUUUGAAGAAUUUGCACCUGCAUAUUUUAAAUACCUGACAGACUCCCUUGGCUCGGGAAGUCCUACUUGUCUAGCCAAAAUUCUCGGUAUAUAUCAGGUCACUAGUAAACACAUGAAAGGUGGAAAGGAAACAAGGAUGGAUUUGAUGGUGAUGGAGAACCUUUUCUUCAAGAGAAAUAUAUCAAGGGUCUACGAUCUUAAGGGCUCCGCUCGUUCACGUUACAAUAAUGAUACAACUGGGGAAAACAAAGUACUUCUAGAUAUGAAUUUGUUGGAAACCCUUCGGACAAAGCCCAUAUUUCUCGGAAGCAAAGCAAAGAGAAGCCUUGAAAGAGCUGUUUGGAACGAUACGGCCUUUCUGGCGUCUGUUGAUGUGAUGGACUACUCACUUUUGGUUGGGGUGGAUGAUGAGAAGAAGGAGCUGGUGUUGGGAAUCAUUGAUUUCAUGAGACAGUACACAUGGGACAAGCAUUUGGAAACUUGGGUUAAGGCCUCUGGAAUUCUGGGUGGUCCGAAGAAUGCUUCCCCAACCAUUAUUUCUCCAAAACAGUACAAGAAAAGGUUUCGAAAGGCAAUGACUACUUAUUUUCUUACUGUACCUGAUCAAUGGUCUUCAUAAAGCAAAAAAAGAAAAAAAAAAAGAAAAAACAAAUGGCAUGAUUGCAUUCUUUUUGUAAGCAAAGCAUGUGUUGAUCAAUAAAAUAUAUAAAUGGGGAUUUUCAUUUUUCCUAAAAAGAAAGAGAAAUGAGGUCCCCCUGGUGAUUCAUUUAUAAACAUUCUCACUGAUGUAUAUUUAUAUUUUAAAAAAAUGGAGCUAAUUGUUUUCUUUUUA